UGGAAUGAAGCGUUAUCGAGACGCCGAAGUAACCAAGACGUUGUUUACAAAUGGCGGCGUCCAUGUAGCAGUUCGACAAUAUUAAAAAUGGGGUCAGCUUCAAGUCGAUCCAGCCAAGUUCACUCAUUUCAGGUGGACCAUACAGCCUCAAAGGAUGCCAGACCUCUGAACAGGUCCCUAUCACAUGACUCGAAGAAUUUACAGGUCAGACAAUCUGUACAGAGUACUGAUGGAAAGGAAGAAGAAAAAGAAAACACCUCACUAGUUUCUAAUUUUACCAAUCCUGCAGAAAGAGAUGCUAUAAUAAGUCAAUUAAAGAAACAGGUGGGUGAAAGUGAAAGCAACAACCUUGACCUUCAAGAUAGAAUUCAGAUGUUAGAAGAACAAAUAGUUAAUAUACAAUCACAGAAUGAAAUAACAGAACAUAAUGACAUUGUUGAAGAUACAUUAAGGGCAAAGGAUCAGAUUAUAGACAAAAUUACCCAGGAAAAAGAUCAACAACAGAAGGACUUUAACAAGCAGAAAAUGCGAUUGAAGAAAAGAAUAAAAGUGUUAACCUCCCAAGUUAACGAGGCCAGACAGGAGACUUCUAUACAGUUGUUUGAAUUAAGAGAUGAAAUAAAUCGACUGACAGAGGAAAAUCGUAAUUUAAAUGAGAAACUUGACAACAAAGAGGGAAGAAGACAAGUUUUCAUAGAGACAGACUACCUUAGUACUAGCAUCCAUGGUAAUAGUAGUCAGAUGAAAGUUGUGCUAGAAUUAUCCAAUCAAAUUUCAGAGCAGCAGAAUAAAAUUCAGGAACUAGAAUCACAAUUAUUAGACAGAGAAGAAUUGUUAAAAUUAAACGGAAUAUCAACUGAACAGAUUUCAAAAAGUAAGAGCAGAUUUUCUGAAAAUGAACAUGUCAAGCAAGAGAAAGGUGCGAUGAGAAAAUUAUCUGAAAGCAUGUUUCCAGGUAAUGACAAUGUUUCUGAUGAAGAAAAUAAUAUAUUUUCUGGAGAUGACAAUCGUGGAGUUUCUGGUGCUAGUCGAGAUUCUGGGAUAGGAUCAGCAGGAAAGGGAGGAAGAUCCCCAGUAAAGUCAAAUAAAAAGAAACAGCAGUUAUCUCCCCUAGAUGACUCAGAUGAUUCAUGGGCAUCUGACACACCUCUCUCUAGUCGUGAUCAAAAUAAAAUUAGAAGUGCUCCAUUAGAGACACAGCAUAAACGAGCAGCGUCAAGAAGUAGUGGUAAGACUCACGAGUCUGAAGAAGACAGUUUAUCAAUAGAUUAUGAUAUGCCCACAGUGGUCAAAUCAUCAAAAAUAAAGAAAAAGACAUCAUUUACACAGAGACUUAGAAGAGAAAACGAUUCCUCUAUUAGAACUCCUAUUCCUUAUGAAGCAUUUGGUGGGGAUGAAGAAAAAAAGUCCAAAAAGGGUUACAUGAAAACUAAAAACCAUUUUUUCCUUACUCAGGGAUCUUCACAGGGUUCAACACCUACUAAUGACAUCGAUACUUUGUUAAUGUCUUGAAAUAUAUUUGUUGAAAUGUUAAUCUGAUAUGUUACACGGUUGCUACAGUGUAGCUGUAUGAGAGUGAGACAAGUCAUUAGAAAAUGAUGGGAGUUUCUCUGUCUGUGUGACAGUAUAUUUCAUCUGAGAAUUGUGGUUCUUCUGUUUGUGCUGUUUUGGUUGCUGUGUUACUGUGAAUUCAUGCUGAUUUAUAUGAACAUACACACAAAGUCACAAACCGCAAUGUUCAUAUAAUAUUAAAACAUUCCAUUGGUAAAUUAUAAUUUAUUGUUAAAAAAAGAGUUACAUAUUUAGAAGCCAAGAUUCAAGCUAGAAAAAUCAUUUUCUGUUUUUCUAUACUUGUCCACAAUAGUAACAGGAAUAAUAUAUUGGGUGUAAAUUGUAAAUUAAGAAACUUUAUUUUUAUUAUUGGAAUAUAACGACAUGACUGCUUAUAAAAAUCACAAUUGAAUGCAGCAUUGCCUAAGGUUGCGAAAACUAUUUUUUCAUUUUCAUUGAUUGUUUCUAAAAUCAUAUAAUUCAUAAUGCAUGCAAACAUUUCUCAUUUUUUUCGUUUCCCUAUAAAUGAUGAGUCAUAAUGUUCAAUGGAAUAAACAGUUGUAAGCCUUCACUCUAAAGCUUAUGUUUUAAUUUUAUCUCCAAAAGUAAUUGGUUGUCACAGAAGAAGCUGUAAUUGGAAUUCUCUGAAGAACAUUAUGCUUUUAAAGCAUUUAUUUUCUGGUUUUAAAUCUUAAAUCAAUUUAAAAGUCAUUUCAGACUUUCUUCUAAUUAUUUUUAACAGGAAGAUUUAUGAUUUAUUCAAAUUAUUUGGAAUUAAACUUUCUUAACGUGUCUCCAGUUAUAGCCUUGAAAUUAAUUGAGAACUAUUCUUCAAUGUUAUCAUUGCUAAAAAUAAAAUUCCUUCAUUUUAUUAUCAAUUUCCAAGAAAAUUUUCAAUGUCACCUUUAACAAUGGUAGCUAUUUAUAGAUACACUCUCAGAUGCUUACAAUAAUCUUAACCCUCUGUAAGUUGUGUAAUGAAAUUUAAGACUUGUUUUUUUUUAUAAAUUAAAUUUAGAAAAACAGAACCAUAGCAAAAUCAAUUACCUGAACAAGACUUUAAAGUUAUUUACAAAUCUUAACACAAAUGGAGAGUUGUCUCAUUGGCACUCAUACCACAUCUUCUUAUAUCUUAUAAAGUGCACAAGUUUUUAAGAUAGGAAACAGGUCAAUGUUUCAACAAACACUUCUACGUGUUGGAUUUUGAAGAGCCUAUAUGUCUGAGUCUGUCAAUGACAACAGUCAGCAUGAAAGGAGACACAAUGUUCCAAUAUAGCAUAAGUAGAUAUAAAAAAAGUCAAUUGCAAUGACACUCUUUUUAUACUCGAAGAUGCAUUGUAUAAAUGAUUGUCCCAGAAGAAAAAAAAUGUUCUUUUCACUAGGAAAUCCAUUUUAAAUUUAACGAAUUUGAAGUUUCAAAAUCUAUGUGAUCUACCACAAAAAUAAAGGAAAUUUUUCAAUUGCAGAAAUUUUAUAAUUUUAUAAUUUUUUACUUAGUUAUUAGCAGUUUAUGUAUUUACUCAAAAAAAACCAACCAACUAAUAAACACUCUUUUUAGCCUCCCUAACAAACAAAAAUCAGAAAACAGAGAAAAAAAAUACAAAUAAAAAAAAAAAGUAAACACUUAGAAUCAAGUACAAAAUUAUAUUCCAUUUAACAUUUACUGUGGAUUCAUUCAUCUUCAUGAGUACCAAUUUUUAUGGAAAUAUAGGAAAACUUGCUUUUUCCUUGAUAUUUGAAUUCAUGGUUUUUCAAAAGUGUGCAUAAUUUAACUCAUCAUAGAUACUAGGAUUAAUAUUUUAUAUUUACGCCAGACAGGCGUUUUGUGUACAAAAGAUUCAUCAGUGACGCUUGAAUAAAAAAAUGUUAUAAAGGCCAAAUAAAGUAGGAAGUUUAUAACAAAAGUCUAAAAUUAUUCAGGAAAUUUGUAAUUUGCUAACAUUUGAAUUUCUGGUUUUCCUGUACCCACGAAAACCAUGAAAAAAAUAUGCAUCCAAAUUAUAUUAAAGAAUUAACAUGUACAGUAACAGAUGAUUGUGUGAGGAAGGAUACAAAUGUCAUCAAAAAUGGUAGGAUUUCUUGGUUUUCUUGAUUUUUUAGUUAUUUAUCUUCUCCCGUUCUGUGUCAUUACAUGAGAUUAUUAUCCAAAUAGUUAUAUUGACAGAUGAAUCAGAGCCUUUAACUAUAGAUCAAUGUUCUUAAUCAAUGAUAAUUUGAAAUGAGGAAUUCUUUCUACUUUCUAGUUAGAAUGUUUGUACUUGUAAUUAUGAACUGUCUAGGUUUUCAAUUGCUUCAUCUAUAUAACUUUGCAGUGUUAUUAGUACAGCAAUUAUAACUGAAAAAAACUAUGAUUUGAAAUAUAAGCUGAUUUGUUAUAUUUCUUUGCCAGAUAUAAUUUAUAAUUAACUUGUUUAUAUAAGUUUGCAGCUGUGUUCGUCAAUGGACAGAUAUAGUAUCAUUGACGUCUAGCAAUCAGUUCUGUUCAAACAUGUGCUACCUUAUAAAGACCUUGAAAUAAUAUGAAAUAAUAUGAAAAGGAAUGCCAAGGGUGGUAUCUGACCUCAAUUUUAUUCAAUUCUACUGUGUUUCCACUUUAACGAUAUAAUAAGGCAGAUUCAUAGUUAACUGAUUUAAACAGUUUGUUUGACGAUUGAGUUUCUAUUUAAACAAUAGUAGUCAUAUUGACUAAAAUAUAAGAUUGGCUAAAUAUGGCAAAAUACAAUUUCCUUAUUAGCGUAAGUGAUCUGAAUAUUAUCAGAAGCAUGUCCAACAAUUUUACUUCACUUUAUUUUUACAUAAUUUGUAUUAAGUUAAUAUUUUUUUUUUUUUUUGUGACAAUCAUUGUAUGCUUAUAUAAUUUGUUAAUUAAUAACAUUUACCAGAAAUGCUGCCAUUAGAUUUCACUGUAUGAUAUGUUUGUUCUUUUUCACAAACAUCAGUUUACAAAAUACAGCCUAUCAUACAUUACUAUUCAUUAUACAUAUUUGAUUUUGUUUGCUUACAUACUUUGAAUUUUGAAGAGUUAUGUUGGAAAAAAAAACCUUAGAAAAAAUGACGAUAAUUGGGGAAGAUUGACUUGAAAAAAUGUAUUACAGAUUAUGUAGUUAUCUCCAUCCCAUACAUUUCAUGAUUUAUAUUUAACUUGAAUUCAAUUACGAAACAAAAUAAAUUAGCUUUAAAUACAACUUUUCAUUCUAAACAAAAUGAUAAUAAGCAGGCUUUCCAUGCAUCAUCAUACAAAAGUUUAAGAUGACAUUUAAGGAAUGGUUUUUGAGUGAUAAAAAGUUUGAGUAGUGAAUGUUAUUUUUAGAAAAAUGUUAUAACACUGAUUCAAACUUACACAAUCUGCAUUUUUGAACGGAUAUGUAAGAUUCACAUAGUCCAUUUAAAUUAGAAAGGUUAUAUAUAUGAUAUGCCUGUGGUAUGGAAACUACAAAAGUUUGUGAUUAUUCUGAAUUCCCAAGAAACCUUAGACAUUUGUGGAUCCUUAGUGCUCUUCUGCUGUAUACUUAAUUUGGCCUUUUACCUCUUUAUAUGAGCUUUAUUGAUGAGUCUUUUUUAGGCAAACAUCUGACAUAUACAAGUUUGAUCUUGGUAUCUAGGAUAAGUUUGUUUCAUAUAAAUUUGUUUUGCUAAAUUAUAAGUAUUACUAAAUGUUUAGAACCCUAUGGCCAGAUUAGAAUAAUUCCUAAAUGAUCUUCACUGCCCAGUCCUGCAUUACCAUAUCCUAUAACUAUUUUAUUAAUUGAUGAUUAAAACAUAUAUGGUAGCUAUUUUUUAUUUGUAGUCUGGAAAUCAUUCAAGACGAAACCAAAAAAAAAUAUUUCUAAAAUAAUCAAAUUGAAUGAAAGUUGUUAUUUGGAUAGCCAAUUACAAUAAAAUAUUUGUUUUCACAUUCUUUGUCUGCAUUUUUAUUUUUGAUAUAUUUGUUAAAAAGAAAUAUAUAACUAUUGUGUAAGCUGCUAACUAUAUUUGUAAAAAAAAAACACUGUUGGUACACAAUUACAAUCACAUGUACUAUUUAGGAAGAAUAAAGUAUAAUUCUUGUUUGAUGAAUGAAUCCAGCGACAUAGAUGUCUUUGACGAAGAGGUAAUUACUAAAAAAAAAUCACAAAUAUAUAAAGAAAAUGGGCCACCAGGUCAUAGAAAAUUAAUAAGUAUUUUGAUACUCGUUUCAUGUUUUAUAUAAUAUAUCUAACCAAUUCCUUCUGUUUUAUUUUACCCGUGAGUGCCAGUUUAAUUAACGGUAUUUUAUUAUGUUACAUAUUGGUUAAAUUUCAAUAUAUUUAAGUAAGAAUCAUCUUACAUAGUAAUCUUGGAUCAAGGAGAUCCAAUGAUUGAAAGUAUCCCUAUUAUUAUCAAGGAAGAGAAUGCUUGCUUUAUAAUUAAGGUGUAACUAAUAAUAGUUGCUUUAACCAAUACAGGAGUCUUAUGCUGAAGCCAUUACUUCCAUCUGUAUUUUUCAAGCACUAAUGGUUUAAGAAUAUACAAAACCAGAGCUUAUUACUAGUUUAUACUAAACCUUAGUCAAAUAUUAGUUGAUACAAAACAUGAAUGAAAGAAGGAAGAAGCACUUGUUGCAAUUAAAACUUCAAUACAGUAUUAUAUGUAGUGUUGGUCAACUGUUAUAUAUCAUUUGUUGAUUUUCCUAAUAAAAUAUUUUGUUAUCAACCAGUUA